GCAGCUGGAGGACAGAAGUGACUGAGAGCCGCAGCCACAAGGACAUGCUCAGUCCCCGCUACAAUCUUCAGCUGCAGACGGAGAAGAACGCGCCUUCAAUACAUUUCAAAGGAGGAUGAUUCCAGUGACUGAAUUCCGGCAGUUCACGGAACAGCAGCCAGCGUUCCGGGUUCUGAAGCCAUGGUGGGACGUGUUCACAGACUACCUCUCUGUGGUCAUGCUUAUGAUAGGCGUGUUUGGAUGCACUCUGCAGGUGAUGCAGGACAAAAUCAUAUGCCUUCCUCAAAGGACAUUCUCUACAAACCAGACAGAGCUGAUGUGCCCUCCUCCUUCUUCAAAUCAGGUUUCCACAAUGCCUGUCUAUGAGUUGAAAGGACUGAAGACCAACUUGGAUAUUCAGCAGUAUAACUACAUAAACCAAAUGUGCUACGAAAAGGCUCUGCAUUGGUAUGCAAAGUACUUCCCUUAUCUGGUUCUCAUACAUACCCUAAUUUUCAUAGUGUGCAGCAAUUUUUGGUUCAAGUUCCCUGGCUCCAGCUCUAAAAUUGAGCACUUUAUAUCAAUCCUGGGCAAAUGUUUUGACUCACCAUGGACUACGAGAGCACUGUCUGAAGUUUCUGGAGAGAAUCCGGAGGAGAAAGACAACAAGAAGAACAGUGCCAGCAGGUUAAACCUUGAAACUCCAAUUGGAGAGGGCAACCUGGAGAAGACUCAGUCUUUAAGAUCAAUUCCUGAAAAGAUUGUUGUUGACAAGCCAGCACCAAGUGUCCUUGACAAAAAGGAAGGAGAGCAAGCCAAGGCUUUGUUUGAAAAGGUCAAAAAAUUUCGCCUACAUGUGGAAGAGGGUGAUAUACUAUAUAUGAUGUAUGUUCGCCAGACUGUCGUAAAAGUGCUGAAGUUUAUCCUUAUAAUUGCGUACAACAGCGUUCUGGUGUCAAAGGUUAGAUUCAGUGUUACUUGUACCGAGAACAUGCUGGACAUGACAGGUUACCGGUACUUCUGUUGCAAUCAUACUAUGGCCCACUUGUUCUCUAAGCUUUCCUACUGUUACUUGUGUUUUGUUGGUGUUUAUGGACUCACGUGCCUUUAUACAUCAUACUGGUUGUUCUACAUUUCCCUCAAGGAAUACUCCUUUGAAUAUGUUAGGCAAGAGACUGGAAUUGAUGACAUCCCUGAUGUAAAAAAUGACUUUGCUUUCAUGUUGCACAUGAUUGAUCAGUACGAUCCCCUGUAUUCCAAGAGAUUUGCAGUGUUUUUGUCUGAGGUGAGCGAAAACAAGUUGAAGCAGCUCAACCUUAACCAUGAGUGGACAGCCGACAAGCUUCGGCAGAAGCUGCAGACUAACAGCAAUAACAGGCUAGAACUUCAACUCUUCAUGCUGUAUGGUCUCCCUGAUACCAUCUUUGAGGUGACUGAGCUCCAGUCGUUGAAGCUUGAGAUCAUUAAUAAUGUGACCAUACCAGCAGCCAUUGCCCAACUGGAAGAUCUCCAGGAGCUUUCGCUUUACCAGUGCUCACUCAAGAUCCACAGUGCAGCCACCUCAUUCCUCAAGGAGAACUUGAAGGUUUUGCGUGUAAAGUUUGAUGACAGCCGUGAACUCCCACAGUGGUUGUAUGUUUUGCGGAAUUUGGAAGAGCUUCAUCUGAUUGGCUCAUUAGGUUCAGACGCAGCAAAGAACGUAACCCUAGACUCUCUACGAGAGCUCAAAGCGUUGAAGACCCUGACACUCAAGAGCAACUUCACCAAAAUCCCACAGUCCAUCGUAGAUGUGGCCAGCCAUCUACAACGCCUCAGUAUUUGCAAUGAUGGCACCAAACUGGUCAUGCUUAACAACCUGAAAAAGAUGGGCAAUCUUACGGAACUUGAGUUGGUUCACUGCGACCUGGAACGUAUACCCCAUGCUAUUUUUAGCCUGACUAACCUGCAGAUGUUGGAUCUGAAAGAAAAUAAUCUACGCUCCAUUGAAGAGAUCCUUAGCUUCCAGCAUCUCCGCAAGUUGACCUGUCUGAAGCUUUGGCACAAUGGCAUCGCUUUUAUACCUGAACACAUCAAAAAACUUGGCAGCUUGGAGCGCCUCUACCUUAGCCAUAAUAAGAUUGAGAUCUUGCCUUCACACUUGUUCCUCUGCAACAAACUGCGCUACCUCGACGUUUCCAAUAACGACAUCCGUUUUAUUCCACCAGAGAUUGGCGUCCUUCAAAGCCUUCAGUACUUCUCUGUUAGCUGUAACAAAAUCGAGAAUAUUCCUGAUGAACUUUUCUUCUGCAAGAAGCUGAAGACGCUGAAGCUAGGCAGAAACAUGCUGUCUGUCCUCUCUCCAAAGAUUUCUUUCCUAAGCGUACUGACUCAUUUGGAGUUAAAGGGUAAUCACUUUGAGAUCUUACCAGCUGAACUUGGGGCUUGCUGUGCAUUAAAACGCAGUGGACUUGCGGUAGAAGAUGCACUGUUUGAGACGCUGCCUUCAGACAUCAGGGAACAAAUGCAAGAAGAGUGAGGUUCUACAGCUUUGAUUUAAUGCCAAAUGUUGUAAUCUGACUCCUUAAGAGGCAAGACUUCAGGUGUUCCAUCCUGUAGCAUGUAUUGUGAUCCAUAUGGGUGAGUACCUACAGUUUCACAUUUAAAGCUGGACUUGUGCUUAAUAGCCUUUUAUUGCAAAAAAAGAGGAAGAAACACCCUCAAAAAAUCUAGGGAUGAACACCUUUCAAUGCCUUAUAUUGUAUAUUAUGAAGAAGUCAUUACAAUUAUCAAAAGACUUUAUCUUAAUUUUCUAAGAUAACUUUUUUGUCUAUCAGAAAUGGACAACUUAUGACAGGGAUUCAUUUACAGACAAUGGAAUGCAAUUCCAUUGGAUGUUUUCUCAUACAACUGACACCUGCUUUCAUGAUCCAUUAAGCUUUACAGGUCAAGUACUGUCCAACAUGUUUUGCACUGGAAGUAGUGGUAUUAGAAUUUGCACUGGAAACUUUAACAUUCCUUUUAUUUUGCUUUUGCUUUAUGCGUAAAAGGUCUUUACAAAGGUUUGAAGUAUAUAUAAAAGGAAAACUCAGUUAUUGUAAUCAUUUAUUGAUUUGUAGCAGAAUUUUUUUUAUUUCGUUUUGCAUAUUUACUUUCAUUGUAAUGCUUUCUGAGAGCAUGCUCCUCAUACUCUCCUUCAUGUUCUUAGCUUCGCUGUUUUAAUGUUAAACAAGUUUGACAGCUGUUGGUAUUAGAUUUUGAGCAGAUAAAGAUAACCGCCUUACAGUAUACAGUAAUUUUUAUGAACUAGUUGUACCAGCUUAACUGUUAUGACCAUUUCUUAAGGGGUCUUUAUUCUGCUUUGGUUUGCUUAGUUUAAACUCUAAAAUCUCUGAUUUGACUACUUAAUUUUAAUAUAUAAUCGAGAUGCAGAAGACAUUUGUCUUUGCUUAACUUUAGCUUUUAAAUUUAACUUUUACCUAUCAUGUUUUUUAAACAACAGUAACAACAAUGUACUAUAAAAGACAUUUUAGAAUUAUUCAUCAUGUUAUUCAACAGUAUUUGCCAAUUUAAUAUUGUAUGUGUAUGCUCUUUUCUAUUUUAUGCCAAACAUUUGUUAGAAACAUAACUCUAACCAUAUAUACAAUGUCUUUAUGCAAAAAAUAAAAUAGUCUAGGAUCUCUCAAGGUGCGCCUAGAUAAAUCAGGUAGACUUAAGUUUCCUUAGUAUUUUCUCUCUGCUACUUGGAGGUGAUGGGUUAGGAGUGUGUGUCUUGUCUUGAGGUCAUGUAAAUGAUAAUUACAUUGUCACUGAUCUGAUGUUGCCUUGUGGGAGGUUUUUCGUCUGAUGUACUGAGAUCAGCAUGUGGCCUUUUUCUACAGACUGCCAAUUAUAUCCACAUUAUAAUAACAAACAAGUAUCACUGAAACAGUGUUUCACAUGUAUUAGGAUUAGAAAGUGUCUUGGAAUUUAUAAAUCUUUAGUCGUUGAAGGAUACUUGAGAUGUGUAGAUCACCAUAUGUGUUUGUGUGUUGUUUUAUAGCAUGUAUUGUUUUAGCAAUAAACACAGCAUUAGCUUUGGAUCAUUUGUAGUCAUUUAUUGACAGUAGAUGUGUCCUGAGGUUGGAAUGUUGUCCGCAUGUUAAGGAUGUAAAGGUUUGGAUAUGAAAGCGCUUCAGUGUAGAUGUACAUUUUAAGUCAUAAAAUGAAGGAUGUUGAUUGUUUGCAGUUAGCCAAAAAAAAUGCUAACAAAACAUAGUGCUACCAUAUGCCUUAUUUUUUUGUAUUGUUUGCAUUCUACCAAAGUGUUUUUAAUUUGUAAAAAGGCUUAAAUAAAAGAUUUUGUUUUGCCAU